AUGGCUCUAGCGACGCUACUGCUGAUUGUUUUGGUGAGAAAUCCAUGCAUUGUGGCACUGGCAGCUGCUGCUCCAGCAUUUUUUGUGUUUGGAGACUCGAGCGUCGACACGGGGAAUAACAAUUUCAUCUCAACUUUGAUCAAGGCCAAUUCUCUGCCUUAUGGUAUGAAUUUCGAUCCACCAGGUGCUACAGGGAGGUUUUCCAAUGGCAAACUCGUGAGUGAUUACAUAGCCGAGUUUCUUGAUCUUCCGUACCCUGUCAACUUCUUAGAUCCCGGUGUUUCGCCUUGGGAUUUCUUGAAGGGUGUCAACUUUGCAGCAGCAGGGGCUGGACUACUUGACAGCACUGGCUUCUCGCGAGGAGUGAGAUCAUUCACAAAGCAAAUCAAAGAGUUUCAGAAGGUGGUGAAGGUUCUGGAGUCUCUGGCUGGCAAAUCCUCUACGCUGGAUCUGCUUUCUCGGUCGAUUUUUAUAAUUAGCUUUGCUGGGAAUGACUUGGCAGCCAAUUAUCAGUUAAAUCCAUUCAGGCAGAUGUUUUACAACCUCACACAAUUCGAGUCGCUGCUUAUAAACCAGAUGUCUCGUUCGAUCCAGACUCUUCAUGCUUAUGGAGCUCAAAAGUUUAUCAUCGCUGAUAUUCCACCUCUGGGAUGCACUCCUGUGGAGCUCAUACUGCACGGAGCAUGCAAAGGAAGAUGUGUUGCAAGUGUUAACGAGAAAAUUCGGAGCUUCAACUCAAAGACAAGUGUUUUCUUUUCCAAGCUCAGAGCAGUGCUCAAGGACUGCGAUUUUCUACACCUUAAGAGCUACACUAUUGUACAAAGGAUCUUGGAGAAUCCAAGCACUCAUGGACUAAGGCAUGCCAGUAGAGCUUGUUGUGGAAAUGGUGGCCAUUACAAUGCCCUUGGACCUUGCAACUGGUUCAUAUCUUCCGUAUGUGAAGAUCCAGAUUUAUAUGCCUUUUGGGAUAUGGUUCAUCCAACUCAAGCUCUCUAUAAGCUUGUGGCCAACGAAGUCAUCUUUGGAUCCCCAAACUCCAUCUAUCCUUUCAAUCUAGCACACCUUGUAUCCAAUAUGCCACAAUAGUAAUGUGUAUAGUUUU